AUGAUUGUACGUACAGCCAAUCAAAUCUGCCACCGGUCGGGAGAAUCGGAGGUCGGUAAAAAUUGGGUAUAUGGCUUUACCACUCGUGUUAAGAAAGAUUAUAACCUCAAUAUCGUUACUGAGGUUCCAAUCGAAAAAAAAAGGCUUACAGCUGAAGACAUUGGAGAGAUUAGUCUUUGGUUUGACUAUUUGGAACCUUAUAUUGAGAAAAUUCCUUACCAAAACAUCUAUAACUUUGAUGAAAUUGGCUUCCAAUCAGGACAGAUUGGAAAAGAGAAUGUUCCCUCAGGGGUAACACCCAAAAAACAUACUCGAAAAGGAACACCAGAACGAGCACCAACGACUACAAUUAUUGAGUGUGUAUCAGCAGAUGGAAGUGUUAUUCCGCCUUAUAUCAUUUUCGCGUGUAAAGGCCGGCUUCUCGAGGACUACUUCCCAUCUAAAAUUCCUGGUGAUUGGGCCUUUGAUACAUCACCAAAUGGGUUUAUUACACAAGAAAUUGCACUUGAAUGGCUUCGACAUUUCCAAGAUUAUACAUUUAAAGCUGCCAAUGGAUAUCCACGGUUACUUCUCUUUGAUGGACACGACUCUCAUCUUACCCUAGAGUUCCUUAAUCUAUGUGAUGUAUUUUAUAUUAUUCCUUUUGUUCUAAGUCCCAUUCAACCCAUAUCACUCAGCCAUUAG